UCGGUGGGAGAAAAAAAGAUUUAAGGAGAGGUUCCAGAGACCAUCCACGAGAUGGCGUAUUAUAUCAAGAUGUUCAGAGCCGAAAUGUUUUGCCUGCCUGAUGGGUAGCAGACAGUUGUACAGCAAUUUCAGAGUUGCAUGCACCUGGCCAAGAAGAGAGACUCAAGUGCACAGCAUCCAAAGCAGCUCGUGCUAUCUGCUCGAGAGGACAGAAGAGUUGAAGCGGAGCGAAUCAAUCUUUCGUCGAGGAAAAGCCUCGAAAAUGAAACCAUUGAGGAUCUCUUGACUAUUUUGUCCUGAUUUUAUACACGAGUUAGGAGCGUUAAGCAUAGAGGAAAUUCUGCUAUGGCUUCGAAGAGAUCUCACUUGGAAGAAAAUGAUGACACCACAGCAGUAAGCAAAAGGAAUAGACAGUUGAUGUCAAAUGAAGAUGUUUUGCCAGGGGAGAACUUCAGGACCAUGAUAGACCAGUUUGGAGCUAAUGUAAACCAAGCCUUCCUGGCUAAGAAGAAACAACUUCAUACCUUCACCAGUUCUUCAAUAAAAACCAGCAACCAGAAGAUGGUGCAAUUGUGGCAGAACCAGCAGAGAGACAGGGGUCAGCUGACACAAGACUACACCUGCCAGUUCAAUGCUGUGUUUCAGCAAUGGAAGACUGAUGUGCAAAAGUCAAAAGAAAUGGAUGAGAAACUUGUGAACAUGUUCCAGCAUCAGCAGAAAAUGUUUCAGCACAUGAGAGCAGCACAAGGACAGAGAUUGAAGACACUAAAGCAGCUGAUGGAUCAGUAUAUACAGAGUCUGCAAGAAGUGGAGAAAACACACAAUGAGGAGCAGGGAGCCCUCCUGGCUGAUUUACGCCAGGAGAUGUCCGCCUACCAGAAGAAUAUGCUCAUAGUCACUCAACAACAGGAGAUGGCAUCUGUACGCAAGUCCUUGCAGUCCAUGCUGAUGUGAUAUCCUUGGGGAGCUACUCUGUAUUUAAAUUAAACUCAGAGGAUUUAAUGUAUGCUGUAUGUAUUUUAUUUAUUUAUUUAUUUAAUUAAGAAAAGUAAAGAAUUUUAUGAGAUA